AUGAACGCCUCGAAUUCAUCUCUCAUAGCGAGUGACCCGGAUGGAAUCUGUGAGAAAAUUCUGGAUGUGAUUCUGGAGUAUGCUCUGCACAAGUUCGGAGACACGAAGCAAAAACUGGCCCUCGGUCGACCCAAGUUUCUGGAAACCAUUGCUGGCUUUGUGGUGCAGGGCAGGUGCAUUCAAAUGUGCCUACCCGCUUUUCCAUUCAAGUCGUCCAACAAAAUCGACAAGGUUCUGGGAACGCUCCCAGAUAAGGCCGAAGAGCUGGCAUUAGGUCGCCUGAAUACCAUGUGCGCGAAGGUGCAGGCGAUCCACGCUCCAGGGGCCGCCCUCACCAUCAUAUCGGAUGGGCUGGUGUACAACGACCUGUUGAGCAUCUCCGACAAAGAUACAUGGGCAUACGGCGAGGCCCUUCGCUCAAUGGCAAUUGCCCACGAGUUCCAGCACAUCAGGUUUGCGAGAAUUCGAGACUUGAUCAAGUUUCCAGGCUCAGAGGUCUUGAACGAGAUUACCUAUGUUGCAAGUGCCACCAACUUCCGACGCAGUCUCCUGAACGAGUUCGGCAAAGAUGACAUCGACAUCGACCACGAGAUAGCCACCUCGGAAGAUACAAAGAUGACAUAUCUUGGCUAUCGCAGAUUUCUCGAGUCUGACUUGAAGCACAUUUUCCCACUCGGCAGCGACAGAUCAGCGAACAGCUACAAGAGGAAUGUGAAGUUUUUGGCCAAGGAAAUGAUAAUCAGAGGAUAUGCCUUUGCCGGUGCUGUCAGGGCGGCUUUCCCAGAGCACCUGCGUCUUUCCAUUCAUCAGUCCACGGGCGAGCACAAAAUCUCCAUAAGUCUGCUCCACACCAAGACAGGCUUUACUACACCUUGGCACUGUAGUGUGGCCCGACUAGCAGACGGCACAUGGGUGAGCGCACAGAAAGCGGACUUCGAAUUGCAGGACACCAUGAGAAUGAUAUGCGAAAAUGGAAGACCGAGCUACUUCCAAGAAGAGGAAGCAAGUGAGCAGCAUUUCGUGCCGACCCAAGCAUUUGGACUUGGAGGCGCAAAAAUGGAUGGCAGCCACUCGCUGGGAAGUGCCACUGAGCUAUCGCUAUACGCGAAUGAGACGCUCUCGCAAAGCACGAGCGAGUUCGACUUUGCCACAUUGAAAGAACAGGUGGUCGUCGCAAACACUCAUGCUGUCGGUCCCACGACCGAACAGCUCAUCAACACAUUCUUGCGGCAUGACUACCCGCCGUUGGAUCCGAAAUCCGAUUCUUUCGAAGCCAGGUCAUGGUUGAAGAACUUUGAGGGUCUCAUCGAGGCUAAUCGAGCAUCGAAUUCGAAACAAAUCGUCGGUGUCAGCUACCGAGACCUCUCAGUCGAGGCAUUCUGGCAGCCAAGCGAUUAUCAAAAGACUUUCUGGAACCAGCCUAUCGCCAUAAUCGAUACCAUCGCCCAGAAACUGACCGCAAGCCGCAAUGUCAAGAGAUCUAUCCUUAAAAAGUGCGAUGGCUUGAUCAGACAUGGAGAGAUGCUCCUUGUGUUAGGACAGCCGGGCAGUGGGUGUUCCACUCUGCUCAAGUCGAUUGCCGGAGAAUUGGAUCAGCUUCGACUCGGGAACACAACUUAUAUGAACUACCAAGGCGUACCCGGUCACGUUAUGCACAAGGAGUUCAGAGGAGAGGCGGUUUAUCAAGCCGAGACAGAUGUCCAUUUCCACCAAUUGACUGUCAAAGAGACCCUGGAAUUUGCAGCGCGAGCAAGGGCUCCAUGCGAAUCAAUUCCGGGCGUCAACCGAGACACUUACGUGACGCACGUUCGAGACGCAUAUAUAGCCAUGUUUGGCUUGCGGCACAUUGCUGACACUAAGGUGGGAAACGCAUUCUUGCGCGGUGUGUCGGGCGGCGAAGUAAAGCGUGUCAGUAUCGCAGAAGCAGCCGUUGCACGUAGUGCGAUUCAGUGCUGGGACAACAGCACCCGCGGCUUAGACAGCGCCGCCGCUCUUGACUUUGUCCAAACUCUCCGAACCUCGGCGGACAUUGCAGGAACGACAAUUGCCGUCACGCUCUAUCAAGCCCCACAAUCGGUUUACAAUCUCUUCGACAAAGUCUCCGUCCUGUAUGAGGGGCGCCAGAUAUUCUUCGGUCCCGCAAGCGAAGCGAAGGAGUAUUUCAUAGACCUUGGGUUCGAGCCCAAACCACGACAGACCACCGCAGAUUUCCUUACUUCUGUCACGAGCCCUGCAGAGCGACGCAUCCGGAAGGACUUCGUUGGCCGAAUCCCAGCGACGCCAGACGACUUCUUCGUUGUCUGGCAGAAGAGCCAGCAGUUUAAGCAUUUACAGGACGACAUUGACAAGUUCAACGAGUCGAACCCAAUCGGUGGCCCGUCACUCGAGGAGUUUCGAAACGCACGUAGAUCGUUGCAAGAAAAGUCACAACGCUCUCGAUCGCCCUUCACCCUGUCGCUCCCGUCUCAGAUUGACCUGUGCGUCUGGCGAGGCUUCCAGAGACUGAAGCGCGACAUGGGCAUACUCAUCUCGAGCAUCAUCUUCAACUCGAUCCUGUCCAUCGUCAUCGGCAGUGUUUUCUACGGCCUUCCAAAUGACAACGCCGCUCUUUACAGCCGCGGGGUACUAUUGUACUUCUCCAUCAUGUUGGCUGCAUUUGCAAGUGCUCUGGAGAUCUUGGUGCUGUACGCGCAGCGGCCCAUCGUGGAGAAACAAGCCAGAUACGCUUUUUGUCACCCUUUCGCGGAAGCAAUCGCUUCGAUGCUCUGCGACCUACCCAACAAGAUUACGACCGCUAUUGGCUCCAGCCUUCCACUUUACUUCAUGACCCAUCUGAGACGUACGCCUGGACAUUUCUUUGUCUUCUUGGUGUUCACAUUUGCAUGCACACUCACAAUGUCGAUGUAUUUUCGUUGCAUUGCCGCUCUUUCCCGGACUUUGGCUCAGGCCAUGGCUCCCGCGUCGGUGUUUAGCCUUGCGUUGGUGAUUUAUACUGGCUUUGCAAUUCCUACGAGGUACAUGAGACCGUGGCUUCGUUGGCUCAACUACUUGAAUCCGGUUGGAUACGCUUUCGAAUCACUGAUGAUCAACGAGUUCCACGAUCGCAGCAUCCCCUGCUCCGAGUAUGUUCCCCAUGGAGAAGCGUAUAAUGAUAUUCAAGCAAGAGAGAGGAUCUGUGCAACUUCUGGCAGCACAGCAGGAGCGGAAGCCAUUGACGGAGACGUCUACUUAGCUGUGAAUUUUGGCUAUCAUGCAAGCCAUCUAUGGAGAAAUCUUGGUAUCAUGCUGGCCCUGAUGAUACUGGGUUGCUCCAUCUACCUCCUUGCCACGGAGUACGUCACCGAACAGAAACCAAAAGGCGAGACUCUCCUCUUCCAGCGAGGUGGCAUCCCCCGUAAUCGGCCGCAGGACGAAGAAUCUGUUGGUAAUGGAAAUAUCGAAACGACAAGCGUCCUUAUGGCUGAACCGACUUGCAAAGGCCGCGUAGAUGUUACCUUUCGCCCCGAGCAGGAGUCGGUCUUCCAUUGGGAUGAUGUCAGCUUCGACAUUGGGACCAAAGGCAGUUCAAAGCGAAUACUGCAAGGUGUUGACGGAUGGAUCAGACCUGGAACUUUGACUGCUCUAAUGGGUGUCUCUGGCGCUGGCAAAACGACACUUCUGGAUGUGCUGGCAGAUCGUGUGAGUGUUGGCGUAGUCAGCGGCAAUAUGCUCGUCGACGGCCUUCCUCGUGGGCCCGACUUCCGAAGACAGACCGGCUACGCUCAGCAGCAAGACCUCCACCUGGCAUCAUCCACAGUCCGGGAAGCUUUGAACUUCAGCGCUCUACUGCGACAGCCACGCACCGUUCCGAACGACGAGAAGAUCGCGUACGUCGAAGAAGUCAUUGCAAUUCUGGAUAUGGAGGCGUACUCCGACGCCGUGGUUGGUGUGCCAGGUGAAGGCUUGAACGUUGAGCAACGAAAACGCCUCACAAUUGCGGUCGAGCUUGUGGCCAAGCCAGCGGUGUUGCUCUUCUUGGAUGAGCCUACAUCGGGUCUGGACAGUCAAACCGCGUGGUCUAUUUGCUCCCUGCUCAGGAAGUUGGCCGACAACGGGCAAGCCAUCCUAUGCACCAUCCAUCAACCAUCAGCUCCGUUGUUGGGUUUGUUUGAUCGCCUCUUGUACCUCGCCAUGGGUGGCAGGACAGUCUAUUUUGGAGCAUUGGGCGCCUCGUGCAGCGCAGUCAUAGACUACUUUCAGGACAAAGGCGCCAGACCGUGUGGUGGUGAUGAGAACCCAGCCGAGUGGAUUCUGGACGUGACGAAUACACCACGAAACAUCGACGGCACCGCUUGGGCCGACGUGUGGGAUACAUCAGAGGAGCGACAAGCCGUCAAAGCAGAGCUGGCAAGAAUGAAGCCAUCAAUUACAUCGCCAAUCACGGCAAUCGACGCUGACCGGCCGUACGCCGCCGCCUUUGGCACGCAACUCGGGCACUUACUCCGGCGUGGUUUCAGCCACUACUGGAGAACGCCAUCGUAUCUGUGGUCCAAAGUUGCGCUCUGCGUUUUCAGCGCGUUGUUCAUCGGCGUUUCGUUUUGGAAGAUGCCCAAUUCCAUACAGGGCACUCAGAACCAGCUUUUUGCCGUUUUCCUCCUGCUGACCAUCUUCACCAAUUUCUGCCAACAGAUGAUGCCCCACGCCAUUACUCGCCGCGAGCUCGCGGAGGCUCGAGAACUGCCCUCCAAAGUGUACUCAUGGCAGACUUUCAUCUUAUCCGAUAUCGUCGUCGAAGUCCCAUGGAACUCUCUCAUGGCUGUGCUGGUCUUCGCCUGCUGGUAUUACCCGAUUGGUUUACAACAAAACGCCAUUGAUGCCGGUCAGACAGGCGAAAGAGCGAUUCUUAUGUUCCUCUUCAUCCUGGCGUUCUUCAAUUUUGCCGGCACCUUUACAAGCAUGGCAGUUGCAUUGAUGAGCACUGCUGAAAGCGCUGGUAAUAUCACCAACCUGCUGUUUUCGCUCUCACUGAUAUUCUGCGGUGUUCUGGCAACGCCUCAAGCCCUUCCUGGCUUCUGGAUAUUCAUGUACCGGAUCUCGCCCCUUACCUACCUUGUUUCUGGCGUCCUCUCGGUGGGCCUCGCCAAUACACGGAUCCAUUGCCUCGACGAAGAGCUUCUCCACUUCUCGGCUCCUCCGUCGACGAAUUGCUCCACAUAUCUGGCACCUUAUAUCCAGUUGGAGGGUGGCUAUCUCCAAGAAGUCCCAGAUUCGAAUCCCGCCCAGUGCGUCUUUUGCACGGGCAGCCAGACAAACAUCUUUUUGAAGAGCGUGAGCGCACAGUAUGGCGAUCGAUGGCGGAAUCUGGGCAUCGUUUGGGCCUACGUUGCGUUCAAUCUCGUGGCGACUGUCAUCUUUUAUUGGUUGGCCAGGGUGCCUAAGAAAAGUAGAUCGAAGUGA